UGGACAGCAAGAUUGAGAGACAAAACUUAACAAAGCGCUGUGCAAACUGAAAUCCCAGGCUUAGCUCGCUAGUGUCUUGAACACGGAAGUCACCUAAUCACCCCCAAGAUGUAGGAGUACAGCUAACCCCCAGAUGCAUUUGACAGACGGCGUGGGACGCGCCACUUGCUGAUUGGCUCUCCUUUCCCAGUUGACCGCGACAUCCCCCAGCCCCAAGUUCCUUUUGAUGGGGCUGUGACCACCUGCCGGUCUCCUCACCCACCCCUGACGCCCGGAGAGUCCGAGGCUCCGCCCCGCGCCGGUACGCCUGCGCACGGACGAACACGUGGCUGCAGCGGGGCCAGAGCAGCAAUGGCGGCGGGCGGCGGCGGUAGCUGCGACCCCCUGGCCCCGGCUGGGGUCCCUUGCGCCUUCUCCCCGCACAGCCAGGCCUACUUCGCUUUGGCUUCUACCGACGGUCACCUACGAGUAUGGGAGACGGCCAACAACCGGUUGCACCAGGAGUACGUGCCUUCCGCGCACCUCAGUGGUACCUGCACCUGUCUGGCCUGGGCGCCAGCGCGGCUGCAGGCCAAGGAAAGUCCCCAGAGGAAAAAAAGGAAAUCAGAAGCUGUAGGAAUGAGUAACCAGACUGACUUAUUGGCUCUUGGCACAGCAGUUGGUAGCAUUUUAUUAUACAGCACAGUAAAAGGAGAAUUACACAGUAAAUUAAUAAGUGGUGGACAUGACAACAGAGUCAACUGCAUACAGUGGCAUCAAGACAGUGGCUGUUUAUAUAGUUGUUCAGAUGAUAAACAUAUUGUGGAAUGGAAUGUACAGACAUGCAAAGUAAAGUGCAAAUGGAAAGGCGACAAUAGCAGUGUCAGUUCCCUAUGUAUCAGCCCAGAUGGAAAGAUGUUGCUUUCAGCUGGUCGAACAAUCAAACUAUGGGUUUUGGAGACCAAAGAAGUCUACAGGCAUUUCACAGGACAUGCAACACCAGUUUCGUCACUGAUGUUCACUACCAUCAGACCUCCUAAUGAGAGUCAGCCCUUUGAUGGAAUUACAGGUCUUUAUUUCUUAUCUGGAGCAGUACAUGACCGGUUACUUAAUGUCUGGCAGGUGCGAUCAGAAAACAAAGAAAAGAGUGCAGUGAUGUCAUUUACAGUUACCGAUGAACCUGUCUAUAUUGACUUAACUUUGUCAGAAAACAAAGAAGAGCCUGUCAAGUUGGCUGUUGUUUGCAGAGAUGGUCAAGUCCAUCUUUUCGAACACAUAUUAAAUGGGUACUGCAAAAAGCCUUUGACUUCAAACUGCACAAUUCAGAUAGCAACACCUGGGAAAGGCAAGAAAUCAACACCAAAACCCAUCCCUAUUCUAGCUGCUGGUUUUUGCUCAGACAAAAUGUCAUUGUUGCUUGUAUAUGGCAGUUGGUUUCAGCCUACUAUUGAGCGAGUGGCUUUAAACUCCAGAGAACCUCAUAUGUGUUUAGUAAGAGAUAUUUCAAACUGCUGGGCCCCCAAAGUAGAAACAGCUAUAACAAAGGUGAGGACACCAGUGAUGAAUUCUGAAGCAAAAGUUCUGGUGCCUGGGAUUCCUGGUCAUCAUGCAGCUAUCAAGCCUGCUCCUCCACAAACCGAGCAAGUAGAGAGCAAGAGGAAAUCAGGGGGAAAUGAGGUUAGCAUUGAAGAACGUCUGGGAGCAAUGGAUAUAGACACACACAAAAAAGGAAAGGAAGAUCUCCAGACGAAUAGCUUUCCUGUUCUUCUUACCCAGGGCUUAGAAAGUAACGAUUUUGAAAUGCUAAAUAAAGUACUUCAAACUAGGAAUGUAAACCUUAUAAAGAAGACUGUAUUAAGGAUGCCCCUGCAUACUGUUAUUCCGUUGUUACAAGAGCUUACAAAGAGGUUACAAGGACAUCCUAAUAGUGCUGUGCUAAUGGUUCAGUGGCUAAAAUGUGUGUUAACAGUUCAUGCAUCAUACCUGUCCACGUUGCCUGACCUGGUACCCCAGCUGGGGACCCUCUACCAGUUAAUGGAAAGCAGAGUCAAAACUUUUCAGAAACUUUCACACCUUCAUGGAAAGCUUAUUCUUCUAAUUACACAAGUAACAGCAUCAGAGAAAACAAAGGGAGCAACUUCCCCUGGACAGAAGGCAAAGUUGGUGUAUGAAGAAGAAUCUUCUGAAGAGGAGUCUGACGAUGAAAUAGCAGAUAAGGAUUCUGAAGAUAAUUGGGAUGAAGAUGAGGAAGAGAGUGAAAGUGAAAAAGAUGAGGACGUUGAUGAAGAGGAAGAUGAGGAUGCCGAAGGAAAAGAUGAAGAAAAUGGCGAGGACAGAGAUACAGCAAGUGAAAAAGAAUUAAAUGGAGAUUCUGACUUAGAUCCUGAAAAUGAAAGUGAAGAAGAAUGAAGACAGCAAAGCAAAGCCGGUCAAACUAUAUAAACUCUGGCUCACCUUGCCCAGUGGUGAGGGCUGCCUCUGUGCCAGGAUGCCAAGGACCGCUGCACAUUUCCAAAUUCACAGCGGUGGAUCCCAUGCCACUUUGCUGUCCUGAGCACCCCAGACUUGACUGUGUAAAUAAGAGUGUUUCAUUCAAAUGUUAAUAAACUUUACACAGUAUAUAGACACAUUUUCUGCAAUGUACUGACAUCAGUGUCCAAUAUAUGGUAUAUUUUUAUAAUAUAAUAUCCUAGUAUGAUUGGUUAUAUCAAGAAUUGACAAGUGCAGAUAGAGACCUUUCCCAUAGGAGUUGAAGAACUGGACUGUUGUAAAGAAGUCAGCUCUUAUCUCAGGUUGGUAUCUUUCAUCAAAUCCAGAUGCAAAGCAGCACUAGUGAAAAUUUUUUUAAUUUAGUACAUUUAAUUUGGUACGUUUUCAUAAAAUAUGAAGGGAUAAGUACAAACUGGAGUAAAAAUGAUGGUAAUUAAAAAAAAUCAUCAGUAUCCCUAGCUUGUCUAUUAACUGUGAUAAUCUGACUUGAGUCAGAUUGAAUAUUUGGAGUGCUUCCCCAGGAUAACCACUUAUUUUUUAAGCUGUCAUGUGAAGUAUUUUUUUAAAACAAAACAAAAAUUAUGAUCAUUAAAAAACUAGAUUUAACCAUAUUAAGGAUUUUUCUUGACUGCAAAUUACUUGUAAAGAAUCAUCAGUAUAUAGAUUAGAAGUGCUCGUUACCUGCAACUUUUAAAAAAAAUUCAGUUAUAGCUGCUUUUGAAGAGGUUUCCAUUUUUAUUUAAAUUACUAAUGGAUCAAAGAACAAUUGUUUAUUUUUUCUCUUUGGUUUUAGAUAUUAAUGAUAACCUUGUUGGAAUUUUUUUCCGAAGAAAAUAUUUUUAUAAUUGAAUAAUUUAAUGUUUUUCUUUUCAUUACCUACUCUUGGCAGUGUUAGGGUAUCUGUUUACCUUUAAAAUGAUAAAUCUCACUCAAGAUUUUUUAUGUAUGUAUAAAUAUUUUGGUGUGCUACAAAAGCCUUUGCAAAUUAUCAGUAGUUUUUUUUUUUUUUUUUUUUUUUUAAAGAAUGAGCCAAUAUUGGCUUAGUGCUCACUAGGGGACAUGCAGAUGGAAGCUCACCUCUAAGAAAGGGCUGGGCAGAUGGAUUUAUUUUUUCCCACCUGUGAAUAUGUAAAACAAAACCAUUAUCUUUGAGGGACUUUUUAAUACCAAUGACAGAACAGAGAUUUGUGUGCUCAACUUAAGAGCCAGAGCCAUAUAAGCAUCUUGGGAAAGCGAGUUUGAACCAGCUGCUGGUGUAAUGUACAGUUAUAUUUGUCUAUAAAUUGAGCUGUUUAUGGCAAUUUAAUACCAUUCUCUUUGUAAAGUGAAUAAAUAUUCAUCUUUA